CCUACAUGAGAAAGUCAAUCAAAUAUUUUCUGAUUGUAAUAUUCUAUACAGAUUGAUUGACAUUUUCAGAUCAUGGUUAGUUUGUUUAGUGGCAUGCAAGCAGUAUGAUACGGCCUAGUAUGUUUAGAAGUGAUUGCAACGAACUGUAAUUUCCUGCAACUGAAAGGAAAUAGCUUCUUCAGGAAACACAGACUCAGAGCUGGUUCUUUUGCAACGUAACAUGACAGGCGACUGUUCCAAAACAACCAGUAACAUACCUUCAUUUACCCAUGGAGGUUGAUACUGCUUUUCUCAGAUCCUUGAGGGGUGUCAUUAAAUUAGUAGAGAUGGGGACUAUGUUUGUAGCAUGUGUGUGUUUUGCUGUAACAUCCAGGCCCAAAUACAUUGCAGCUACAUGCAUGGAGUUUGUGAUCACAUUCUCCCUGCUUCUGCUGUACACGCUGAAGUUGAACAAGAAGCUGACUCUGUUCUUCUGGCCUCUCGUUGAUUUGUUCAACUCACUGUUUGCAGCAGUCUUCAUACUUAUCCUGAGUCUGAUAGCAGUGUCCACUUACACAGUGACAGGGACCCUGGGUGGAGGGAUAGUGGGUUUCAUAGCAACAGGCCUGUGGUGUGUGGAUGGUUGCAUGCUUUUCAAGAGGGUCACAUUCAAUCAACUAAGAACAGCAGCAACUGGCACUGUGAAGUGAAGACACCACAAUUGUCUCUUCAGAUACUCACUCUCAGAGUUCCUCUGUCCAGUGUCUGUGUUCUUUCGCCCAUCUUAAUUAUUUUUGUGCACCGGGGCCUCCCACCCCUCUUUCUACUCUGGUUAGGGCCAGUUUGCGCUGUUCUGUGAAGGGAGUAGUACGCAUCUUCAGUUUCUUGGCAAUUUCUCGCAUGGAAUAGUAGGCUUCAUUUCUCAGAACAAGAAUAGACUGACGAGUUUCAGAAGAAAGUUAUUUGUUUCUGGCCAUUUUGAGCCUGUAAUCGAACUCACAAAUGCUGAUGCUCCAGAUACUCAACUAGUCUAAAGAAGGCCAGUUUUAUUGCUUAUUUAAUCAGAACAACAGUUUUCAGCUGUGCUAACAUACUUGCAAAAGUGUUUUCUAAUGAUCAAUUAGCCUUUUAAAAUUAUAAACUAACACAACAUGCCAUUGGAACACAGGAGUGAUGGUUGCUGAUAAUGGGCCCCUGUACGUCUAUGUAGAUAUUCCAUUAAAAAUCAGCCGUUUCCAGCUACAAUAGUCAUGUACAACAUUAACAAUGUCCACACUGUAUUUCUGAUCAAUUUUGUUAUUUUAAUGAACAAAACAUGUGCUUUUCUUUCAAAAACAAGGACAUUUCUAUGUGACACCAAACUUCUGAAAGGUAGUGCAUGUGUAGGUUUAAAGGGGCAAUCAGCAGUUCAAACAAUAACAAAGCUUGGCCCUGGCCCAUUUUGGUAAAAACCUGAAGGAUAUGGGGCUGGAUAAAUGUAACCACUCUCAAAUUCAUAGACAGAGCUAUGUAUGCAAGGACUGACCAUCAAUGAUAUCAACAUUGUAGUUUUAACCAUGUUUCGAGGCUAUAUAGUGUUUGUUUACACUUAAUAUGUUUACAAUUAUUGGAGUAAAACAAGCUUAUAUUUUGUGUUCUGAUGGGGUAUGGCAGUAGAACUAAGCUCAUGAGGCAUUUAUAUGAGUACAUAUAUCAUUAAUUUCUAAAUCCAAAAAUUGAUAUAUCAACUGCAGAUGGCCCAUUUGUUUCUAUAGCCUAAUCAAUGCAAUAACACAAAUAUCAUGUAUAAAAAAUAAAUACACCUUUGAAACCUAGGCCUGUAUCAUGUUUUAAACAAUGUCAGAUUACAUGUAGGCCGAGUCUAUUUCUACUUUAUUCUUCUUUAUUUUUUAUAUUUUUUAUUUUUUUAUUCUUAAGUAAUGUUUCUAUUGCAUUUUGAGUUGUUUAUGACG